UUUCUCGAAGUUUUUGUGUUUUGUCAUUGAUAAAUGUCAUUUCUUCUCCACUACUCCCAGAAUAAGCUAGACACAGUCACACAGAGAAACAGAAAGGCUUAAAACUCAAAAUCUUUCAGAAAUUCCAAUCAAACCAUAUAAAUUCGGAAAAAGUUACCCUUGGAAUUUGAAAAUGGCGACAGAAGAAUCAGUAUUGUUGGUAAUUAGAGCUUCAAGACCUCAUUUCCGUAAUAAGCCUGAUAAAAUAGCGUUUGCAAUUCACGCUACUUUUCUCUCUGCUGGGUUCGUUCUAAUUUCCACCGGAUCACCUGCUUUUGCCGAGGAUUCACUUUCUUCUUCCUCUUCUUCUGAGGAAGUUGGAAUUGAUAGUUGGAAUGAAUUGGACGAGGAAUAUGCCUUCGUGUAUAAAAACCCCAAGAAAGAUAACAAGAAGGUAUUAUUGAAGUGCUUGGUGAUGGGUGAUAAGUUGAUGAUAGAUGCUGUGAGUGUUGAUAUUUCUGAGCCAGCUCACCUUGAUGUCAAAAUUGAUGAUUAUGUUGCAGAGACUGCUACUAGUGAUUAUAGUACACAGUACAAAGAUCUUGGGAAACUUAUUAGCAGUGUAAAGUCAGAUGUGCUCACCAAAUUGGAUGGACCUUCAGCAGGAGGAGGUCGUGUAGAUGAUCACUCAAGGUCAUCUACGGUUGAAGAGCCAAACAGAAGCUCUGAUGAAACUACUAUUCUUCAAGAUCCUUUGUCUACAGGGUAUGUGGUUCCUCCUGUCAUUCCUGUUGGUGGAAGUGAUCUCUUUCCUGGUCCCGGUGCUGGAAUGUUUCCCACCAGGGGUGGUUUUGGUGACGGAUCUAUGCUCUUAGGCCCUCAAGAUCCUAGAUGGUUCGGUGGAGGUGGUUUCCCGGAUCACCCUGGUAAUCCAGGACGUCAACCUGGCAUACCACCGGGUGCUCGAUAUGAUCCUUAUGGUCCACCAGGUGUCCCCGGAUUCGAGCCUGAUCGUUUUGGAAGGUUUCCACGAGGACCUAAUCCUGGACGAGGCUCUCGCCCUCCAGGAAGGAUUCACCCGGAUCUGGAGCAACCUGGAAGUGGUGGUUUUGAUGAUUACAUAUGAAUUUUUAAGGCUUAUCUUUUUCCAAACGAAUAAUCUUCUGUUCUGUUGCUUAAAAAAAAAAAAGAAAGACUAGUUGGUUAGUUUGGGGUUGGGGGUUGUUAGGUGAGGAAGUCUAAGUGAACGGAGCAAAACUCUAAGAGACAGAAGGAAUUAACUGAGAAGGACGAGGUGAGUUGAACAAAAUCAGUUAAUAUGAUAUGACGGGGAUGUAAAUUCUCAAACCUUUUUACAUGUAUUAAAGUUUUAUCUCUUUUUGUUUUA